AUCCAAAUACUCCAAUUAGGUUUCACUUCCCCCUUUCUAAGUCUUCCACCUCCGACAACGAACUGGACUUGGAUUUCAACUGCAACAACAACACAACCUCAUCGUAAAAUGGCUUCGAAGUUCGUCUUGGCCGGCGGGAUACCGGAGCGUCGAGUCCGACCGAUAUGGGAUGCCAUCGAUUCUCGACAGUUCAAGAAUGCUCUCAAGCAAGCAACUACGCUGCUCUCUAAGUAUCCGAAUUCACCUUAUGCUCUUGCCCUCAAAGCUCAUGUUCUGGAGAGGAUGGGCAAAUCUGAUGAAGCAUUAUCCAUUUGCUUGAAUGCAAAAGAGCUUUUGUACAAGAAUGAUUCACUAUUGAUGGAUGAUCUUACCCUUAGCACGCUACAGAUUGUUUUCCAACGACUUGAUCACUUGGACUUGGCUACUGCCUGUUAUGAGCAUGCUUGUGGGAAAUUUCCUAACAAUUUGGAUCUGAUGAUGGGGCUUUUCAACUGUCAUGUUCGUGAGUAUUCAUUUGUCAAGCAGCAACAGACAGCCAUCAAAAUGUACAAACUUGUUGGAGAAGAAAGAUUUUUGCUCUGGGCUGUUUGUAGCAUCCAAUUACAGGUACUCUGUGGUAAUGGGGGAGAGAAGCUAUUACUCUUAGCUGAAGGUUUACUCAAGAAGCAUGUAGCUUCCCAUAGCUUGCAUGAGCCUGAAGCUCUUAUUGUCUAUAUUUCCAUAUUGGAGCAGCAAGCUAAAUAUAAUGAUGCUUUGGAAAUUCUGUGUGGGAAAUUAGGGUCACUUCUCAUGAUUGAAGUUGAUAAACUAAAGAUACAGGGGAGGCUUCUUGCUAGGGUGGGUGACUAUGCAGCAGCCGCCGAUAUAUACCAGAAAAUCAUUGAAUUAUGCCCUGAUGAUUGGGAGGCUUUCCUAUAUUUCCUUGGCUGUCUGCUUGAGGAUGACAGCAGCUGGUGUGAUGAAGCCAUUACUGAUCUUGUUCAUCCACCAAAAUUUGUGAAGUGCAAGUUUUCACACUUGACAGAUGAAGCUUUUGAUUCGGGCAUAUCAAAAGCGACAAAUUUUGUAAGAAAGUUACAAGCUGACACUACUGAUAAUUCUAUAAGGGGUCCAUACUUGGCAAAUCUUGAAAUUGAGAGGAGGAAGAAAUUGUUUGGGAAGAACAAUGAAGAUGAUUUAGUAGAUGCUCUUUUGCUGUACUAUUCAAGGUUUGGUCACUUGGCCUGCUUCACUUCUGACAUUGAUUCAUUUCUCCAAGUAUUAUCCUCAGAUAAAAAGAGAGAUUUUUUGGAGAAGUUAAUAAAAAGCUCAAGCCCCCUUUCAUCACAGCCGACUAAAGAGCUGGGGCAGUCAAUAACAAUUUUUAAAAUUCAAGAACUGAUUGGAAAUGUGUACACGUUCUCUGCAAAAGAACUUGAGGAUUGUGCCAUACAAGCAGCAGAGUUGUACUGUAGAAACCUUCCACUUUCCAAGGAUUUAGAUCCACAAGAGAGUAUGCACGGUGAAGAACUACUUUCAAUUGUUGGCAAUGUAUUAGUUCAGCUAUUCUGGCGCACAAGAGAUCUUGGCUAUUUUAUUGAGGCAGUGAUGGUUUUGGAGUUUGGUUUAACCAUCCGAAGAUAUGUAUGGCAGUACAAGAUCUUGUUGUUGCACUUAUAUUCACAUUUUGGUGCCCUUCCAUUGGCAUAUGAAUGGUAUAAAUCUUUGGAUGUUAAGAAUAUCUUGUUGGAAACUGUUUCACACCACAUUUUACCUCAGAUGUUGGUGUCUCCCCUCUGGGAAGAUUUAGAUAAUCUGCUGAAGGAUUAUCUAAAGUUUAUGGACGAUCACUUCAGAGAAUCUGCAGAUCUUACAUUUCUUGCUUAUCGUCACAGAAACUAUUCAAAAGUAAUUGAAUUUGUUCAAUUUAAAGAGCAGUUGCAACACUCUGAUCAAUAUUUAAUGGCAAGGGUUGAAACACCAAUUUUACGGCUAAAGCAGAAUGCAGAUAACAUUGAAGAAGAGGAGCAUAUACUUGAGAGCUUAAAGUGCGGAAUUCACUUUGUUGAGCUCUCUAAUGAGAUUGGAUCUAAACCACUGACCUUCAAUCAAGAUUUUCAGUCACGACCUUGGUGGACACCAACUUCAGAGAAAAACUAUCUUUUAGGUCCAUUCGAAGGAAUCUCCUACUACCCUAGAGAAAGCAGGAUAAAAGAUAAGGAAGCAAAUGUAAGGAGAGCUACUGAGAGGAAAUCACUUCUUCCUCGGAUGAUAUAUUUGUCUAUUCAGAGUGCUUCAACAUCAGUUAAGGGAAACAUUAAAGCAAAUGGUUCUAUAUCUGAUCCUCAAAUUUCCUCAGAGCUGAAGUCUUUACUAGACUGUUAUGCAAAAAUGUUGGGGUUUUCCUUAAGUGAUGCAAUAGAUGCUGUUACAGGGGUGUCCAGUGGUGUAAUGUCUUCUGAGGCUUUUCAUUCAGAUGCAGUUGACUGGUUGAAUUUUGCUGUAUUCUUAAAUGCGUGGAAUUUGAAUUCUCAUGAGCUUGUGCAGCAAGAUGGAGGGCAUUCUGGAUUCAGGAGUUGGCAUAUGGUAAAUUCCCUGCUAGAGAAGUAUAUACUGGCAAAGGUCCGAUCCAUGGAGCCUCUCAUUCGCUCUCCACAAUGUGUUCUUCCAAUAUUAGUGCAGCUGGUUACCGAACCACUUUCUUGGCAUUGUCUCAUAAUUCAGUCUUGCGUGCGAUCAUCUCUUCCAUCUGGAAAGAAGAAGAAGAAGAGUGGACAUGCAGAUAACUCUAUGUCAUCACUGUCUCAUGCGGUUCGGGAUGCUAUACAAUCUUCAUGUUGCAUAAUAGAAGAGGUAGCAAAAUGGUUAAGAGAUCAGAUAAACCAGCCAGAAGACAAAAAUGUGGAAUGCAUACUCUCCUCUCUAUGGCCAACAGGACAGGAGGAAGGGCCUGGCAAGGUUUUCAAAAUCUUGGAAACUUUGAUAUCUUCAGUUGAUGAGACAGAACUUGGUGAUAGGAUCUCACAAGCUUUAAGGUCUUGGAGUCAUGUUGAUGUUGCCAGGAAAAUAGUAAAUGGGCAGCAUACAGUACUCUCUGAAUUUCUUCGCAUUUGUGAAUCAAAAUUUAAAUCAUUAGAGUCCUUGAAACAGCAGAUUGCUCAGGUCUGAGGAGAGACUAUUGGCAACAAAACCAAACUUUCUCGUGUUAUAUUGGUUCAUUGUGAUGUGAGAUUCAUGCUGGUUUCUUUUCAAGCAUUAGGCCUGCAACCAUUGCCAGAUCCAAUGCUUAGCCUCAUGGCCAACUACGCAACAGAUGAGAAUGUAAGGUUUGAAUUCUUUUAUUAACGGUUUGUUGUUUUUCUACCUUAACCUGGAGGUUUUGAUGUGAGAUAGUUGUGAUUUUCAGAGUCCUCAACAGUUUUGGUAUAGACUGUACACUAAAUAAACCAUUUUUCCCCAUCCAGUAAUAUUUUCAAAAUCUUUCCGCCUUGCAAAUCUGCAAUUUGAAUCUAUGAUUCCAUAAUGUUAUGUUCCAGUAAUUGCAUUCUGU